AUGCAUCUGUCCUCAUGUCGUGUCUCUCCCGGUAGCACCUUACUGCUGGGUUGGAAGAGGUUGUCUGUGUUGCUGGUGGACUGCAGGAAAACAACGGGGCUGAGUGGAACUGUGAGAGGAGGAGAAGAGAAGAAAGGAUCAGAUUUGACUCAUCAAAGAGGAAAACCAAUCUUGGAGGAACCAAAGACGUCCGAACCAGCAAGACGACACCUCUGCUCCCAGAUUGGAAAGAGUUUUACCAGGUUAGGAAGCCUGAAAAGACAUGAGAGGGGACACGUAGAACCGAAGACACAAAAUUGCGCCCGGUGUGGAAAGAGUUUUAGCCACUUAGGAAAUCUGAAAGCUCAUGAGCGAACGCACACACAGAACAGGCCUUUCCAUUGCUCCCAGUGUGGAAAGCGGUUUAAGCGGUUAGACACCCUCAAAACUCACAAGAAAAUACACACAGGGGUGAAGCCGUACCAUUGCACCCAGUGUGGAAAGUGUUUUAUCCGGUCAGGAAGCCUGAAGGAACACAUGAGACUGCACACAGGGGUGAAGCCUUACUACUGCUCACAAUGUGGAAAGAGUUUUAACCAUUUAGCUAGCCUGAAAAUACAUGAGAGGAUACACACAGGAGUGGAGCCACACAUUUGCUCUCAAUGUGGGAAGAGUUUUAAGCGCUUAGACACCCUCAAUGCUCAUGAGCGAAUACACUAGGGAGACACCAUAACAUUGCGCCCAGUGUGGAAACAGUUUUGGCCCUUUAUAAAGCCUGAGAAGUCAUGAGUGAAUACACACAGGGGAGAAGCCUUACCACUGCUCCCAGUGUUCAAAGUGUUUUACCCAUUUAGGAAGCCUGAAGGAACACAGGAGACUGCACACAGGGGAGAAGCCUUACAAAUGUUCAGACUGUGGGAAGACAUAUUACUCAUCACAGACACUUAAAAGUCAUGUGAGAAUCCACACAGGAGAGAAUACUUACUUAUCCUAGUGUGUGAACUCAUAUUUCACAUAUCAUUGUCCAUUGUCUUAUAUUGUUGACUGAGAAUGUGUUUACAUGUUUAUACCACAUGAAAGUGAAUGGUACAAAGUAUACUCAAACAUAUAUUUGUAUGUUUUUAUUAGAAAACAUGAAUUGAAUAUGGAGUAUGUCAGUUUGAAUACAGAGUAGAUCAGUGCUUCUACACCUGCAUUGCAGGUUUGGGGUUUUAGGCUGGGUUUCUGUACAGCACUUUGAGAUAUCAGCUGAUGUACGAAGGGCUAUAUAAAUACAUUUGAUUUGAUAUGAUCAGGUUCCAUGUGUUUAAAUGGUCCUUUUUUAAACUCUGACUGUGUUUAUCUGGGUGUGUCAUUCCUCCAGCACUACAGAUAAUCAAGUGAUAUUUGGAUGUGAUGCAUUAGUUCCAUUGUUGACAUUUGCAUUGUUGGCCCACUGAUGAUUUAAUGAAAUGAAAAUAUUCAGACUCUGCAAUAGAAAAUGUUAAUUGUAUGUGUGUCCACAUAACUGAUUAUGUGACUAACCUUGUGAAACUGUCCUAUUAUAAUCUCCUGUUCUUGGGAGUUUCAUCCUGUGUUGCAAACCAAUUUGCACCUGCGUCCUUGUAUGAAUAAAGUCCCGCCCAGGAACAGGAAACUAUAAAGAUAUGUGCUCAUCACCCAAUGCUUUUGAAUUCAGACUGUCUACACUGCACUGUGUAACUCUGUUAUUCUCUCUGAGCUCAGAAAUAAAGAAUUUUGGUUGGA